GGCCCCUCCGCAGCGCCGGGCCGGGUGAGCGGCGGCCCCAGGCGGGAGACGAGCCGCUGCUUCCAGACGAUCCGUCUGGAUCCAGCCCCGGCAGGUACCUGGCCGUUGCAGGUGCUUACAGCUGUCAGGAGCUGGCUCCAAAACACAUUUCCACUAGGUACUGGCAUGGGGCUUUUAUCUGGAAUUUGCUGUAUAGAAAGCUGCCUCAGCUUUUUGAUAAGCAGACAUGGCUGUCACGCUGCAUACUGAUGUAGGAGAUAUUAAAAUUGAACUAUUCUGUGAGCGUACUCCAAAGACUUGUGAAAAUUUCCUGGCUCUUUGUGCUAGUAACUACUACAAUGGAUGCGUAUUUCACCGAAAUAUAAAGGGCUUCAUGGUUCAGACAGGGGAUCCAUUAGGCACUGGGAAAGGAGGUAACAGCAUCUGGGGCAAGAAGUUUGAAGAUGAAUUCAGUGAAUACCUAAAGCACAGUGUCCGUGGGGUAGUUUCAAUGGCAAACAAUGGUCCGAACACCAAUGGAUCCCAGUUCUUCAUCACUUACGGCAAACAACCGCACCUGGACAUGAAGUACACGGUGUUUGGAAAAGUUAUUGAUGGCUUGGAGACCCUGGAUGAGCUGGAGAAGCUGCCUGUUAAUGAGAAAACCUACCGACCUCUUAAUGAUGUUCGUAUUAAAGAUAUUACAAUCCAUGCCAACCCUUUUGCUCUGUAGCCACAGAGGCCUCAACACAUUCUUUAGAGACUGGUCAGACCAACUCCCAGAUCAUGGGGUUUAAGGAGCCAUUAAAAAGGGUUACUUGAGCUGGAUCAAGUGAGAGCAAUGUCAUAAAUCGAUGAAACCUUUCUCUCGCAGAGGAUUAAAGAACAUACUUAGAGGAGUGCUUGCUCUUGUACUGCUGUGUUGAAAUGGCAACCUCUUCAACCUCCCAAAAAGGUAGAUGGAAAACAGUUUCUUCUGCUUCUGGCACAGUGCUAUAGCUGGGGAAUUGCAGGCGAACUAACUGGCCUGACUGGGAUAAAAGAAAAAGACCACUUUGGAGAAGCUGCUACAAUGCUGAGAAAGAAAGGGCCCACCGUUCAGAAGAAAAAGUGAGCACAGGAGAAAAAGUGCUGCAAACUUGAUCUUUCUGAAACUCGUGACAGAUGAGAUUGUUGCUGUUUUGGGUGAAGGUACUUCCAGAGUAGUGGAAUGCAUCAAUCACAAAGUUCACUGUGCCCAGAUGUUGGAAUGGUUUGAGCACCACAGACAAUAUAUGCAUUGUUUCUGAGCUCAUGGGACUCAGCACCUUUGACUUGCAUUGAAGAGAAUGCUCUCUGCCAUUUAAGCUGGAUCACUUUAGACAGAUGGCAUAUCAGACCUGCAGAUCUGUGAACUGUAAGGAUGCUUCCUUUUUGCUUUAUUUGUUAUGUGAAUAAAAACGUCUCUUGAUUUCCUUUCAGAGGU